CAAGAUCACAAAACGUCCUUCCAAGUCGCUCGACAACGAUGGUCGACAUGCUCCGCGCCGACCUCGAGCUUGCCACCUCGAAGCGCGACGAGCCGUCGCCUCCUCGCCGUCGCCUCCGCCGCUGUGGUCUUCCCCGUCUCGCCCAGUGCUGUGGUGCCCUCGCCCUUGUUCUCGCCCUUGUCGCUGGCCUCUUCGUCGGCUGGCGCCUCAACCCGGACCACGGCGUUGUACCCACGCUGCUCUGCCCGAACGUCAUGGAGGGCCACAAGCUGUGCCACGACCUUCUCGGCCUGCCCGGACCGUUCCUUCCUCACGGCUCUUUCAUCCAGCAGCAGUGCGAGAAGAUGUGCGUCGACGCGGACACCAACGCUGGCAAGGUCUGCAGUGUCAUCAAGCAAAAGCCCGGCCUGAUCCCGUGCACGAGCGUCAUCGACGGGCCGCGCACAGCGGAGGCGCUGGCGAAGCAGCUCAAAAUGGAGUACAAGAUCAAGCCAGGGCAAACGUGUUCGGAAGCGUUGAAGUCGACCUUCACUGAUGUGGUGGCUGAGGACCUGGACGGCGCGGCGCGCCUGUUCUUUGAAUACCUGCACAAGACGCGCCUUGACGCUCUCCUGCUGAAAUUCCUCGAGGAUCCAGAGAACCUCGGCCAGCUCACCCUGCUCAAGGCUCCCUACUUGAACAACCCGUUCGGCACGGGCAUGACCUCGUUCAAAGCGGAGCUGGUGCGUACGCUGGCGACCAUCCCGGCCGUCUCCGAAGUCAUCUACAACAACAAGCGGAGCGCCUCCGUCCUGGUGGCGGAGCUGCUCGAGAUCGUUGACCCGGCGCUCGGCGCCCAGGGCGACCCUCAAGCCCCGGUACCGGCCUCCGAUUCUGUGGUGCACGGCGGUGCCUUCAAGCUCACGCCCACCCCCGACAUUUGGGCCGAGUACGUCGAGAAGAACUACUUCGCGGGCCAGGGCAUCUCGCUCCGCCGCAACGACCCCGAGUACCCGCUGCACGAUCGGCUCGCCAAUUACUUCCAGAAUUCGUGGAUGAGCAUGCUCCUCUUCAACAUCAACGGAGAAGACGGGGUGUACCGCUUCAGCUGCGACUACGGCCGCCUCUCGGCGCUCGGCGAGGCCGCGCCCCCGCUGAUGCUGCACCUCGUCACCCCCGACCCCACCAACGAGACGACCAUGGGUAAGACGCUGCUGCGCGGUGGCUCCGCCAAAGGUGAGCUGGUCUUCGAGAUGGUGGACGGCAAGCUCCAGCCGAGCGACCGGCAGAGCAAGCUGGACGCAAGCCAGCUCGCGGCACUGCUGCAGUGCGCGCACAACGGCGCCCAGAUUUAUCAUGUCGGCCUGCACGUGGCGUCGGAAGCGAUGGCGUAUGCGAGCCAGGACCUCGCACUCGGCCGCGAGGACCUGAGCGAGGACCCCGUCUUCCGCAUGCUCAACCCUGGCGGCGACGCCACCUCGGACAUCAACGUGGUGGCCAACGGCUUGCUAGUGAACGUGCCCGGCUUCGGCUCGCGUCCCCUGAACGCGUUCGACAUGAACGCCCUCAAGCGCCACGCGCUCGUCCCCCUCCUCGCCGAUCCGUGCAACGCGUCCCGCUACAACCCGCGCUACGACCGUCACGUCAGCAACGGCACGCUCGGCCAGCAGAGCCUCUUCAACCCCACUGGCCGCCGCGCUCUUGGCGUCCUCUGUGCCGAUGUGCAUGAUUCGGCGAUGGCUCUCAAGCUCCCGGAGCGCGCCCUCGGCCAGUACACCCGGCGGCUGACGUCACCGGCACCGGAGGGCCUCAACGUCACCCCCGAGCAGCUGAAGAUGGAGCCCUUCGCGAUCGAGCCGUACGAGCCGCCGAUCUCCGCCAUGAUCAUUGGUAUCGAGCACACGAUGACCUUCUCCAUCAACUUUCUCUGGGCCGAGCUGGAGCGGCAGCCGCCAGCGGAGGCUCUGCCGUACGCCAACAGCACCAACCCGCGCGCCUUUGGCGCCGCCUUCUUCCUCGACGUUGCUUCCUCCGCAAUCAUCACGGCCUUCUCCGACGAGACGCGGGCAGAGUGCGCUGGGAUCAGAUACGAGGGCGAUGAGCCCCAACAGACCUCUGUCACGAAUGAGCAGCUCACCGUGGCCGCCUUCCCACGCUCCGCCGAACUUGGCUACGACAUCAAGCUGCGCAAGAUGGCGCGUGGGCUGAAGGCGCUCUGGACGGAGACGACGGUCUUCAUGGCGAAGAACUACGCCGAAUACCCGGUGAUGAACGCCUCCUUCGUCUACGAGGUCGAGCGGUGCGUCGGCUCCUCCGCCUGGAUCUGAGAGAGGGCUCCAGAGGUGGAAGCGUGUGUAUCACGCGCCUUACGGGGAAGCGAGAUUGGGCUUGGGAGCAACCUCGGUACGGUCGCACUGUUGGUUGGCGCGCCUCGCCUCCUUGCGCGGCUUGGGUGAGGGACAGCGCGUACCAUCCUGCUUGCUCGCGGGCACCGGGCAGCGUCCGAGGAAUGUCGAGAGAGAGAGAGAUGUACAGUGGUCGAGAUGUAUGUACAGUUAGUAAUGUCUACUGAUAAAGGAAAGGCUACUAGU